ACUCACCUUUUUUCUUACCCAUUCCGCUACCAUUGACAUCCCUUUUCUUAGUUCCUUUCAUAAAAUCGCAUUCACCACAUAACUUCACAAUGGCUGCUACUCUCUUCAGCAACACUGCCCGCGUUGCCCUCCGCUCGGGAGCUUCGGCUACCUCCAAGGCCGGAGCUGCGGGCCUGACCUUUGCCCGCGGCAAGGCCACUCUCCCCGACCUCUCCUACGACUAUGGCGCCCUUGAGCCCUCCAUCUCCGGCAAGAUCAUGGAGCUGCACCACAAGAACCACCACAACACCUAUGUGACCAACUACAACAAUGCCGUAGUGCAGCUCGAGGAGGCCCAGCACCAGGGCAACAUCGCCGCUCAGAUUGCUCUGAAGCCCGCCAUCAACUUCAACGGCGGCGGUCACCUUAACCACACUCUCUUCUGGGAGAACUUGGCCCCCAAGAACGCCGGCGGUGGUGAGCCCCCAUCUGGUGCUCUCUCUAAGGCCAUUGACACCACCUACGGUGGCCUUGGUGAGUUCCAGAGCAAGAUGAACGCCGCUCUGGCCGGCAUCCAGGGCAGUGGCUGGGCUUGGCUCGUCAAGGACAAGCAGACUGGCCAGAUCUCCAUCCGCACCUAUGCCAACCAGGACCCCGUCGUCGGCCAGUUCGAGCCCCUCCUCGGCAUUGACGCUUGGGAGCACGCUUACUACCUCCAGUACCAGAACCGCAAGGCUGAGUACUUCUCUGCCAUCUGGGACAUCAUCAACUGGAAGGCCGUUGAGAAGCGCUUCUCUUAAGCACCAUCUCUGGGAUGCUAUAAUAAAUGAACUUAAUUACCUCUGUAUUGUAGCAUGUGUCUUCCAAUAUUACCCACAAUUGAUCAUUCAC